AUGUUCCGCUUCGCCACCCCCGCCGCCCGCAGCACCUGCUCGCAGUGCCUGCGCCUGCGCGCCCCAUACUCGUCGUCCGCGCUGCGUCCGGCCCGCCAGCUCCGCUCCCUGCAGACCGCAACGGCGUACCAGCCAUCGCAGUUCCAGCCGCCGCCGCCGUCGCCGCCCCGCAACGCCGGGGUGCCAGAGACGUCGGUUGCGGGCGGGCAGGCGCAGCAGCAGCAACAACAACAAGCCGAGCUGCAGAGCUUCCGCUCCGGACCAGCCGAAAAGAAAAUGAUGAGAGAAGCCGACGUGUCUGCCGCCGAGAACCCCACCGUUAGCGUCUCCGAGGCCGAGGCCCAGAAGCCCCAACCCGCAUUCGCAGCUAGUGCAGCAUCGCCAGCGCCGUCGCCCCGGCCGCGGCGGCAGCUCCGGCCUAAGAAGGCAGCGAUGACGCUGACGCCGUCGGCGGUGUCGGCGCUGCGCGAGCUGCUCGACUCGCCGGACCCGAAGCUCAUCCGCGUGGGCACCAAGAGCAAGGGCUGCUCGGGCCUGGCGUACCACCUGGAAUACGUGGACAAGGCGGGCAAGUUCGACGACGCGGUCGAGCAGGACGGGGUCAAGGUCCUGAUUGACUCGAAGGCUUUGCUGCAUAUUCUCGGCAGCGAGAUGGACUGGGUCGAGGACAAGCUGAGCCGCCGCUUCGUCUUUAAAAACCCUAACAUCACCGAAUCCUGCGGCUGCGGCGAGUCCUUCAGCAUCAGCUAA